AUGAAUUUAGAACAAUCUCUAUUUCAACUAAAAUUUAUGGCAAAAAGUCUUAAACGUCAAUCACAAAAAGCUUCUCGUGAUGAACAAGCUGAAAAACUUAAUAUAAAAAAAGCUAUACAAGCAGGAAACUAUGAUGUUGCAAAAAUUUAUGCAUCAAGUGCCAUAAAAAAACGAGCAGAAGCACUUAAUUUGCUUAAUUUAUCCACAAAGAUUGAUUCAGUUUCAAGAAGAGUACAUACAGCUAUUACUAUGAAAAAUAUAACAGGGAAUCUAACAAAUAUUGUCAAGGGAAUGGAUAAAGCGAUAAAUUCAAUGAAUCUUGAGCAAAUUGCUAUAGUAAUGGAUAAAUUUGAAUCCCAAUUUGAAGAUCUUGAUGUACAAUCAAGUUAUAUGGAAAACGCAAUUGCAACUUCAACUGCUACAUCUGCACCUCAAGAUGAAGUUGAUUUAUUAUUACAGAAAGUUGCAGACGAAGCUGGGCUUGAAUUAUCACAAGAUUUGCUUAAUGCAACGCCUUCUAAUAGAAUUUCUGAACAAGAAAUGAAUGAUACAUUAUAUGAAAGAUUGUCAAAAAUUUGUGGAUAA